AUGCUCCGAGCGAAGCGACAAAACACUCAGCCUUUAGAAGAUGCAUCCGUGGCGCCGGAGACCUUCACUGACGGCCUUCCACUACCGAAAUUGAUUGCCUUCGACCUCGACUAUACACUGUGGCCGUUCUGGGUAGAUACGCACGUCAGUGCCCCUGUGAAAGCACGAGACAACAACUCACGCACCGUGGACCGUUGGGGUGAGUCUUUCGCCUUCUACCCAGCAGUCUCGUCGAUAAUCUACGCCUGUAAACACCGUUCAAUCCCAUUAGCCUUGGCAUCUCGAACACACGCACCUGAUCUGGCACGCGACAUGCUCAAAGCCCUGCAUAUCAUUCCCACUUUCUCCGAUAACCCGGCCGCCAAUGCGAAAACCAUUCGCGCGCUAGAUUAUUUCGACCACAUUCAGAUAUUCCCUGGUAAUAAGACAUCUCAUUUCGCGCGGAUCCAUCAGUCAAGUGAAGUUGCUUAUGAGGAGAUGCUGUUCUUCGAUGAUGAGGCGCGGAAUCGGAACGUGGAGACAGAGUUGGGAGUCACGUUUUGCUUGGUGAGGGAUGGGAUGACAAGAGAAGAGGUUGAUCGCGGGGUGAGAGCUUGGAGGAAGAGGAACGGGAUCAAGAACAAGACUGUUGAAGACGAGUGA